AUGUCGUCCCUGAUCACUUCCUCAGAAGAGUUUAUUGACUUGGACACAGAUGAAGCCCAAGUUCGAUAUAGCAUCAUCCUUGUUCGACAUGGUAUCGUGGAAUGUGUAUACUACGAAGCGCCAGGAGGUAUACAAUCAUAUAGAGCAGAACUGCUUGCUAACAAGGACUAUCUGGCUUGUUACAUUCUCGUACUGGGACAUCCUAGUCGUCCAUCUCCAUACGAUCUAUCCAGCUCAAUGCACUCCGGGCCUUCUACAGGACAGAGUAGUCAGCUGUAUAGAUCACUUGUUGCCAAAUUACAUAAAUGUGCUCAGAAACUCAAGGAAGCGCGAUUCAGAUUUACGAGAAAAGUCGACUUGAUCCAUACCAUACGGCGCCUCUUGAAAGAUAUUAUGGAAGAUAUAGGCGGUGAAUAUGCCUUGUGCACACCGUAA